CCCAAAUAGGGCAAAAAAAAAAACGGACUGCUUAAAACCCUAAGCUUAACUAAAGAGACGACGACCCUUUUGACUGUGAGAGAGACAUAACAUACUCUCUCUUUCUCUCGUCUCUUCACACGUUUCUCGUCACACCCCAUCUUCGGAAAGUUCGUUCCUUUCUUUUUUUCUUUUUCUCUGUGUUAAAGUUCCUCACUUUCAGACAGCCAGAAGCUUCUUAUUGUCUGAGAGCUAUGGGGAAAACUGGAAUCCAGCUGUUUGACGAUUCAAGGAACGGUCUUUUCUCCGUUUCCGAUUUGGGAUGUGACUGGAGCUUAACCGGCGUUAACCACCACCACCACCACUCAAUUGGUGCCCUCUUCGCCAGCGUCAACCAAACCAAUCCAUUGGGAUCCGGGUUCGGUUCCGGAUCCCUCUCUUCUCCGGAUCCUUCCCACACCUUAUCCGCACAGCUCAAUGGGAAAGUGGAAGAGUGGGAAGAAGAAGUAAUUAAUGGCGAGAAGACGAAGAAGAAGAAGAAGAAUGGUGGUGGUGGUGGGCUGAAGCUGAAGAUAAAGGUCGGCAAUCCUUCCUUGCGCCGGCUAAUAAGCGGAGCCGUGGCUGGAGCCGUCUCGAGAACCGUGGUUGCUCCCUUGGAGACCAUCAGGACGCAUCUGAUGGUGGGAAGUGGCGGCAACUCCUCCACUGAAGUGUUUGGUGAUAUCAUGAAACAUGAAGGUUGGACUGGUCUCUUCAGGGGUAACUUGGUCAAUGUCAUUCGUGUCGCUCCUGCUCGUGCCGUCGAGCUUUUUGUAUUCGAGACAGUGAACAAGAAACUGUCACCAGAACAUGGAGAGCAAUCCAAAAUCCCAAUCCCAGCUUCAUUACUCGCUGGUGCUUGUGCUGGAGUUAGCCAAACUCUCUUGACUUACCCUCUCGAACUAGUCAAGACUCGUCUUACCAUUCAGAGAGGUGUUUACAAAGGGAUAUUCGAUGCAUUUGUGAAAAUCAUACGCGAGGAAGGACCCACAGAACUCUACAGGGGUCUUGCUCCUAGUCUUAUUGGAGUUGUUCCAUAUGCAGCCACCAACUACUUUGCAUACGACUCCCUUAGAAAAGCAUACCGGGGCUUUUCAAAGCAAGAGAAGAUUGGGAACAUUGAGACUCUUCUGAUAGGUUCUUUAGCUGGUGCACUAUCGAGCACGGCCACUUUCCCUCUCGAGGUGGCUCGGAAGCAUAUGCAGGUUGGAGCUGUUAGCGGGAGAGUUGUGUACAAGAACAUGUUGGAUGCUCUGGUGAGCAUACUUGAGCACGAAGGUAUUCUCGGUUGGUACAAAGGUCUUGGACCUAGUUGCUUGAAGUUGGUUCCUGCUGCUGGAAUCUCUUUCAUGUGCUAUGAAGCUUGCAAGAAGAUACUGGUCGAGAACAACAACCAAGAAGCCUGAGUUUUGGAAUUGCAUGGACUCUCUCAUGGCGAUUUUUUUGGGUUUUAUCAGAGCAACACAGUGCGUAUAUUAGGAUUCAUAGUUCUAAAUUUACACAAUUGAUGUUGAGGGGGAUUACGAAAGAUUUUCAUUUUUACAUUGUGUUGUUGGAUUCUAGACUGAUCUGUUUUUGAUUCUAAUAAGUUUUAUAUGAGUUUACAUAA